GCACGCGAGUGCGGACGGGGCGAAGCGCGAAGUGCGUGAGCGAAGCGAAGCGAGUCGUACGGCGUCAGUGCACAGUGGUCUCUGCCGGCGGGAGCCGCGGGACAUGAGAACAUGCUGUCGCCGCACGGCUGCUCUCUCGCCUGGCUCUGCUUCCUCUUCGUCUGCGUGACGCCGUCAGAUAUUCUGGAGGACGAGAUCGUGUCGGUGACAGACGUGACCGCGGUGCUAGGGGGGACCAUCGAGCUGCCGUGUGCCCUGCCCACCGAGGGAGAAAUCGCGCUCGUCAUAUGGUUCAAGGAUGGCGCCACCUCUCCAAUCUACAGCGUGGACGCGCGCAACCUGCCGCAGCAGCAGCAGGCGACGCACUGGACGGACGAGCGGUCGCUGGGCGGGCGCUCCUUCUUCCGCGCGGAGGGCAACUCCUCGCGGCUGUCGAUGGAGCGCGUGCGCCAGCAGGACGCCGGCUCCUACCGCUGCCGCAUUGACUUCAAGCGCGCCCCCACCAGGAACUCCGUCGUCAACCUCUUCGUCGUAGGUGAGUGUACGCAGCCCAGCAGCUCACAACGCAGGUUGUGCUAUAAUUAA